AUGGCCGACCAGACUCCCACCGUGUCUCUAUUCCUUUAUGAUCACCUCGGUCAGAAGGAGAACAUUUACCAGGCAGUUUAUGGCUCCAGGAACCCGCCCGAUGACGUCAGAUCGAAUCACCAGUUCAAGGCCGCCACGUACUUUGCCGAGAGUGAUAUGCUUGUUGGAAAGAUAUUCGGAGCUCUUCACAACCGGGAGGCGCGUGGAACCCCCGUUUACGGCAGAAUGAUAACCGGGCUGAAGCAAGGCGAGGUGCGCAAACUGUGGAGAGAACGUUACAAGCAGCGUGGAUAUGAAAUUUUCGAGGUCGACGUUUACACCUUGUGCAUGCACGGAUCGGAAAAGAUGUAUGAGGCUUGGGUUUUCCUUCCUCUGGAGCCUCCUGAGCAGCCCCGGCAUCAAGAUGGAUCGCCAAACAUCACGGCAGCUGAGGGUCAGCAACAGUAA